CAAGAUGGAUGGAAUCACGACUGCCUCACGCUCAACGCAACUCUGAAACAAAGUCCUGUGUCGGAGCUAAGCGGUGUCCACAGCCAGCAAACUAGACUAAAAUGGAGAGCCUGGUGCACUACUGUAACCAUGCCCAUGGUAUAUCACUGCUGGGUGCCCUCAACGAGCAAAGGUUAAGGGGCCAGCUAUGUGAUGUUGUCUUGAUAGUGGGUGACCAACAGUACCAGGCCCAUAAAAGCGUCCUCGCAUCCUGUAGUGAGUAUUUCCAGUCUGUAUUCUCCCAGAAGGACAUAGAGAACAGUUCCACCAUUCAACUCAACUUCUGCGAGCCUGAUUCUUUUGAGAUUGUGCUAAACUACAUCUACUCAUCAUCUCUGUUUGUGGAGAAAUGCAGCUUGGCAGCCAUACAGGAGCUGGGAUAUAGCCUUGGCAUUCCCUUUCUAACCAACAUCAUGUCCAUAAGACCUCAGGCAUCAUUCUGUGUGUCAAGAAAACGCAUAUCGUUGUCAGAGGAGGAUGAUGGUGCUUAUCAAAAGAGAAGUGUUAUUGUACAUCAAGGUCAAGAUGAUCAGCCUGACAUGGAUUUGUUUCCUAGAAGAAGUCUUCAGGGAAGACCAUUUAAACAGGCCACAGCAAUGAUCUCAGAGCAGCCCUCACACGCACAUGAUUUCAGUGAUCAGAGUCACUCAGGACAUGUCAAACCAAAUAAAAAAGAGUCUAACAGUACCUUCAUUAGAGGACAUUCAAACAAAAACCCAGUUGACUGCAAAUCUAUCAUCUCCUCUCCAACAUCCAUAUUGAGACAUCGAACUGAAUACCGACCACCAUCUAUGCGACCACAACUAACGUCUUCAGUUUCUUUCAGCGAGUCUGUACAGCAUUCUAGUUUACAGUCAGACCAACCUGACGACUCGAUAGAAGACAGAAUGGAGUCUUUGCAUGAUUCGAAACCAGCAGUAGAACAUCAAGGUCCACACAACCAAACCAUAGAUCGCAGUGGGCCACUUAUCAAAAGUCUGCUACGCAGAUCCUUGUCCAUGGAUAGUCCGGUUCCGGUUUUCUCUCCAGCCCUGGAGCUGAAGGACUCGCAAAGUCUGAAACAGUCUGUGGUGAAGUUAAUGACAGCAACAGGAAGGUCACCGUCGUCUGAAAGUGAGGAUCAGGUGUUGAAAGAAAUACCACUUCUUCUCAGGUCGAGACAACGGAACAUAUAUGAGACGGAAGGCACUCAGACGCCUCCACUAAGAAUUAAAACGGAGCCCAGCAGUCCUCUCGCAGACCCUUCUGAAAUUGUUCGCAUCACUGUUGGAGAUAAUUUUCCUGUCAAUUUUAAAGACUUUCAGGCCAACUAUGACAAAGGCCCCAGAGGAUAUUUCACUCCCUCGAUGAAGAGGAAGAAUAAGAUGGACGGUGGUUACAUGCCCUUUAAGAGAAACAGGCCUGUUAAUGAACAUCACGUCUUGCAUCAGGACAGUACGUUCAAUGAGGGACCUUACAAUUCUAACAAGGACAGUCGCAACGAGGAACCUGGAGAACUUAGGCCAAACAAAAUGUUUAAAUGCUGGACCUGCCUGAAGGUUUUCAGGUCGAAUGCAGGUCUUUAUCGCCACGUGAACAUGUAUCACAACCCAGAGAAGCAGUAUGCUUGUGACAUCUGUCACAAACGGUUUCACACCAACUUCAAAGUCUGGACACACUGCCAAACUCAGCAUGGCGUGGUGCAAAAUCCUGCACCCUCCUCCAGUUCCUAUUCCGUUCUGGAUGAGAAAUUUCAAAGAAAACUGAUCGAUAUUGUCAGAGAACGUGAGAUAAAGAAGGCUUUGAUCAUGAAGCUCCGGAGAAACCAGCAAGGCCUGCAGUCACAACCCUUUGGCAGGAAAUCAAGGCGAUCAAAAUCAUAUGGAUGCCCGUUUUGUGGCAAAAUGUUCCAUUUCCAGUCACAAUUAAAGCUCCACAUGAAGGGACACUCUGGUGAGACAGCCGACCUUGACCCAGAUUCUAAGAGAGAUCUUCAAUACGAACAGCAGCAGUUGGUGAAUCUUAAAGAGAACCAAGACCUUGAUGUCUUUUCUUGUCGGCUUUGCAAUGAGAAACUGCCUUCUCUAACUGAAUUGGAAGACCAUGAGAGUGCAUGCAGGUAUUCUACUGUUUGCCCAUAUUGUGGCCUCCGAUUCUCAAACACACUUGUCAAGAAAGACCACGAAGCUCACUGCAAGUACAAAAAGCUGACCUGCCUUGAAUGCAUGCGCACAUUUAAGUCCUCUUUCAGUAUAUGGCGCCAUCAGGUCGAAGUUCACAAUCAGAAUAUGAUGACCGUGAAAGAGCAGCUGACUCUUGGUAUUCAGGAAAGCAAUCACGAUGAAUCAUCUGAUGUUCUCGGAGUUCCACCUCCUCCUCAGGGCUCGAUGCAUGAAACCAGAGAGGAUGUGGUGUACAGCGACUCAUCAGUUACACCCAUGUUUGAUUCUGAAGACUCAUCAUCUUAUGUCCCUGAGGACUUGAGUCAAGGAGAGCUGCAGGUGAAAGAGGAACCUCAAGAGGAAGCUGUGUCAGCCAAGGAUAACAUGAGUGCAACCUCUAUUGGAUCGGAGGAGCCAGGUGUGUGGCCAUGUGAAAAGUGUGGGAAGCUUUUCAGCUCCCACAAAGACCUGGAACGACAUCAAGAACUGCUUUGUCACAUCAAACCCUUCAUCUGUCACAUAUGUCACAAAGCAUUCAGGACCAACUUCCGUCUCUGGAGCCAUUACCAGUCCCAUAUGUCUGCAUCUGAAGAGCCAGGCAUGAGAGAGAUUGAUAGACUUACGUCUUCUCCGUCACCUUCUCCACCUCUCACGAUUGCUGGCCCAGAACCUCCAACUUCUCAAGCAUCUCCUAUCAAAGUGAGCCAAUCUGGGGUGGCUGCCUCAGAGGAGGAGCCCAGAGGCUCCAUGUCACCAUCAACCAGACUCAAGAAGCCAGACCAAGACAAGGCUGGUGAUGAUGAACCUGGAGAACAAUGUCAUGCCAAGUCUGACACCACAGACAAAGCUAUUACACCUCAGGAAUCCGACACACUAUUUUACCAUGCCCCGACCCUCUCUGCGCUUGCCUUUAAAAGGCAGUACAUGUGUAAAUUCUGUCACAGGACAUUUAAGACGGCAUUCAGUCUAUGGAGUCAUGAACAGAGCCAUACAUAAGAGCCCUAUUUGCAGAGUUGCACUUUUGCCAUAGUUUCUGCUUAAAAAUAUAGUUAAUCAAUACAAAUUAAGAACAUUUGGUCAUCAUUUACCCUCAGCAUGAUAGUGUCAUUGACAAUUUACGUUGCAUAAUUUUUCCAUACAGUACAUGCUUCCUGUUCCACAGACGGAAGAACGUCAAAAUUGGUUUGGAAAAAAUAUUAGUGAUCAAAUGAUGAAAGAAUUUUCAUUUCGUUUGAGCUAUCCCUUUAAAGGACUUAAAAUCACAUGAUUCAUAUUGGGAUACACUUUUUUUUCAGGUUUGUCAAACCCAGGGAUAUAUGGAUAGCAUUUGAUCAUAGUUAAUAUUACAUUUUUCAUUAAAUAGUAUUCAGAUUGUCAAGUCAAAUGCAUCUUGGACUGCGUGGCCAAGUGAUGCAGAAAUUUGUUUUCUAAAUCAUUAUUCAUACAUACCCUGUAUUGUUUAUUUAUAAUUAUUAUAUUACAUUUACUUUUCUGGCACCAAUGAUCAAGAAAGAGAGACUGUUAUAAUGAUUUUUUUUAAUUUGAUUUUAAAUCUAUUAUUUUUAAAAUCAACGUUUACAUUUUGUUUUGCAGAAGACAUACCGAUAAUCCACCUCUCUUGUUUUAGUGGCCUUUUUGCAGUUAUUUAGCACUUUCAAGCAAUUCCAAAUAAAGUUUUUCUCUAUUAAAAGCACAUGAUGGUGCAGACAGAAAUGGCUCCUAAAUGCAGCAUUUCAGUUACAAGUCAGCCAAAAAUUCCAUUAAGUUACUGAAUCAACAAACGUCACUCUGAGCCAUGAAUCUCGUUGGACUUUGUCCACCAAAAAGAUGGAUCCAUCUCUCAUAUUCCCUCUUUUCUGGCCUAAAUUGAAUAAUCUUUAAGAUUAUUGUUUGCCUUAUUUUAGUUUGGUAAAAAAAUUUUUUAUAAGAAUAGGUAUAUAGGAAAUAAACCCAUUAAAAUGAUUGUAUUACAUCAUUGACGUUAAUUGAGAAUAUGUUAUUUUGAAAAAGUUGUAUGCUUAAAAGCAAAGUAAGCACUUUGAAACUAGCCUGAUUUAAGAUGUGUUAAAACCACAUUAAAGCAAAAAUUAAAAGCAGACUGAAAGGGCAGAUAUUGAACUUGACAGUUAACUUUGUGAACAUUCAAAGCGUGAUGAAAACGUGUUUAAUUUAAACUUUUAAGUUGUAUUUUUCCUUUGAAGAAUAAUAUGUGUUUUUGGCAUUUGUGUAGAUUUUCAUGGUAUGUCGUUUAGAGGUUGUGGAUAAAAUUCAGUGAUUGUAUUGAACAAAAAGAAGGCUUUAUA